AUGGCCAGGCCUGCAGUCAGGGCCUUGGUGUAUUGUUCUCAUGAGCCCCUGUACCUGCAUCCUGUCUGCUUCCUGCCUGAUCCUGACUCUGCGUGCACCAGGUCGGCUACUCCUGACCAAUCUUCUGCCUACUCCUUGUACCUUGUCUGUCCGUUAGCUACCGACCCGGCCCGCCUGACUAUGUUUGGGUUUGUUGUACGUAUUUGUGUUAGUUUUUGGUUUGGUUUGUUGCACUGCGUUUAUGUCUGUGUUGCCUUAAUAAAUUAUAUUGUUUUACACGCUAUACCUGAA